AAGGUGGAGGUCAUUCACUCCUAUAACCGCUUUUUCAACAUUUUUAUCAGAUCUUUGCCUCUUCAGUCCAUAACCCAUCUCUUUCCCUGUUCCCCUUUCCAACCUCUUUUCCUACCGCCCUUCUCGACCUCCCUUUUGUACCCCUCUCUACCUCCCUCUCCAGCUCCUCCUCUCCACCUCCCUCCUCAUCCCUCCACCUCCCUCCGUCCUGCUACAGACUAGGGUGGCACCAUGUCUGUUUCCGUGCCGACCCCGCUGCAGCGACGGCGCUCCCUGGGUGCUGCCUCCCCCAAGCGCCUCUACAGGAACCUGUCAGUCAGGCUGCGGGGCGGAGACGCCUCCAUCUCCGGGGAAACGCAAACGCCCGGACACCCGUGUCGGGCCACGCCCACUUACAAGAGCCUGUGGGAAGCGGUGGAGCACGAGGACACGCUGGCCGUCCAGACCCUGCUCUCCAGAGACCGCGCCUCCUCCACGGGGGGAGGAGGAGGAGGAGGAGGAGGGGUGUGGGACAGAGGAGAGAAGAAAGAGAAGGACUGGGAGAGGGAGAGGGAGAGAGGAGUGAACCGAGUGAACGAACAGGGUCUGGUCCCUCUGGAUGUGGCGGCGCUUACCCAGAAUUCCCCCCUGCUGCACGUGCUGACGAGGGCUGGAGCCCGACACAACCCCGUCUUGUGUCGCCCAGCUGACUGGAUGCGGAAGCUAGACGCGCUGGUCUCGCUGGCGAGCAGGCAGGCGGAAGAGAAGAAGAACGAACUUGCGUCCAAAGCGGGGGUGGGGCCUCACGUGCAGGUCGACGCCCAGAAACAGCACCAUCUGUGGACCCUGAGGCAGCAGCUGUACUGCAGGAUGAGGCGGAGCUUCCAGCUCACAGAGCUCCCUGCCCCCCCCAGCAGUGUGUCCCUCCUGGUGACCAGCUCCUCCUCUCUGUACGUGGCAAUCAAGGAGCCGGUUGGCAUGACGACUGGACUCAUCACUUGCUACAGAGUGGAGUGGAGCUCCUCCUCCAGCUUUAGACGCAUCAGUGGCUCCGCCCAGAUCACCGACACCAAGAGCCCCGCCUACAAUAUCACUGGACUCAGAGCCGGAAUGCACUGCUAUGUGAGGGUAAUGGCCUACAACGUGAAGGGUUGGGGCCCACCACAGACCUCCAGCCCGCUCAGUGCUGCCCCCUCCAGCUGGAGGGAGUGUGUAGGGGUGAAGGCAAACUGCAUGAACCAGGAAGCUGUGGUUAGGAAGCUUCUGGAACAGACCAGGGAACCCCACUACAGAGGAUACUGCAUAGAGGGCUCGAGGUUCUCUUGUCCCAGUAAGCGACUGUCCGUGUCCCGCAGUCUGAAGCAGCUCUUCCAGUCGGCCACCAAGUUUGUGCGUCUCCUUCAGAGGGGUGUGUACCUGGCCACUGUGUUUUACCACAAGGAGAACGUACUGGUCACUGCAGACGACCAGCUCCCAUUGGUGGAGAUCCAAUGUUGCUCCACCUCCAUCGCGCAGGACUUCCUUUGGUUCGCUAAGUUGUCCUGUGCUUGGCAGCAGGUGCCCUGGCUCCAACAGGCCCUCUCCUCCGCUCUCUCCUCCUCCUCCUCCCUCCUGCAGAACAGACACAACAUCCUGCGGGCCGUCACCCAGCUGCAGUCCUCUCUGGGGACCUCAGACCUGGGCCAGGUGUACUAUGAGCCCCUGAAGGACCGGCAGGGGAACGUGGUGUUGGUGACGGUGAGGGAGUGUGCUGCCCCCACUGGGACCCCAGAACCCCCCCUCCACUGGGUUCCUCUGGACCGACUGGAGAAGAAUCGCUGCAGAACUCCCUUACUGCCGGAACCCUCCGCCAUGGACACACUCACAGAGCAGCUCAAGGAGAAGUUGAGCUACCACAGGCGUAGCGGGCAGCGGGCCCAGCCGGGCCUGUACGUGGGCAUCCUGAAGCUGUGCAGCUCUGUGGAGCAGAUCAGGGUCCUAGUGCCCCAGAGGUUCCCCAACCUGCUGUGUCACACACGCAUACGACACAACUCACACGUGUCCCGAGAGGAAUGGGCGUGGUUACAGAGCCACGUUCUGUCUACAGCCAAUGGGAGUGUGCUUGGUGGUCCAGGGGGUGGGGAUGAGGGCCUGAUUGACAGCUGCGUCCUGGGGGACUUUGUGAGGCAUCUAAGAACAGCAGUCACACUCCUCCUCACCAAGCUCAACAUCCCCCUCUAUAGGGCCUAUCAGUAUGGUGUGUACACCAGGGAGCUGCUCCACAUGGGAGAGCAGAUGUCCAUGAUCCUGCUGCUGCCCCCCAGCGAAGACUUCAGUUCCAACUACUGGCCACUAGUGGGCACCAAAGAGCAAGGCUUCACUCUGCCUCUGCAGAUAUUUGAGCUGGUGCACUUCUGGACAUACAAACGUGACUUCCUGUCCCACUACUGCCAGGCCUGGGUCCGUCUGGACCUGGACACGCAUCUUUCCCAGCAGGCUUUGCGGGAGGCUAUGGACCCCAAGGAGGUGCAGGAGGCCAAGGAGCGUCUCAACCACAUCACUCAGCUGGCACAGGGUCUGGACGUGGUGUGGCGGGGCUCUCGCUGGAUCAUGGACGUGUUGCAGUGUGUGCGCUCCAGGAAGUGGGUGGGGGCGGUGCCCCUGGGCCUGGUCAUGGGGGGUGACCCCCCCCCUCGCCCAGAUACGGCCGAGGAGGAGGAGAAGAGCCUCACCUGCAGACAGUGGCCCUUCCACCCACACCCCCAGAAGACCCCUGCAGAGAGUGUUUGUGCGGUGACCGUGGACAUCACCAGUCUCCCUGCUCCACCUGCGCUCCUGGUCGCCCCCGACAACCCCGUCAGUCAGCUGGGGGGCAUGGCUAAGGGCGGCUACCCCGUGGACAUCAACGCUCAAUCACGCCUCGACUACAGCACCGCGGUCGAACCAGGGCUGGAAUUGGCUGAUGACUUCGUCACGCCCGUGAUCGACGUAGCGGCAGCGGUGGGCCAAUCCGAGGAGUCCUCGGCCCUGCCGGAAAGCUACUGCGGAGAAAUGGGCUGCCUGCAUGUGUUUGUGGCCGAGCCAGUACAAGUGCUGGCGGACAUCUUCCCCACGUUGAGUCUGAUAGAAGAAGAGACCGUACUGGAGACCGGAGCAGGGGAGCUGUUGGGGAACCGACAAGGGAAGGAGGAGGAACAGGAACCUGAACCCUGGGUGGAGGAGGAACAGGGAACUGGACCCUGGGUGGAGGAGGAACAGGGAACUGAACCCUGGGUGGAGGAGGAACAGGGAACUGGACCCUGGGUGGAGGAGGAACAGGGAACUGGACCCUGGGUGGAGGAGGAACAGGGAACUGGACCCUGGGUGGAGGAGGAACAGGGAACUGGACCUGGUUCUGGGGCAAGGGAGGGAUGGGAUAGUUUGGCAGUUGGUACAAGCAGCAUCCCUGGGGACUCCAGCCCUGGGGACUCCAUCCCUGGGGACUCCAGCCCUGGGGACUCCAGCCCUGGGGACUCCAGCCCUGGGGACUCCAUCCCUGGGGACUCCAGCCCUGGGGACUCCAGCCCUGGGGACUCCAGCCCUGGGGACUCCAGCCCUGGGGACUCCAGCCCUGGGGACUCCAUCCCUGGGGACUCCAGCCCUGGGAACUCCAUCCCUGGGGACUCCAUCCCUGGGGACUCCAUCCCUGGGGACUCCAGCCCUGGGGACUCCAGCCCUGGGGACUCCAGCCCUGGGGACUCCAGCCCUGGGGACUCCAUCCCUGGGGACUCCAGCCCUGGGGACUCCAGCCCUGGGGACGAACAGAGCGCUGAGUCUCCUUCUAUCCCCUUCCCCCUGCGACAACAUCUUGAGCACAGCUUGUAA